CUCGAACGGAUCACCAGAUUGGUCUCUCCGACUGACUACUCCGACUGAGAGAAAUCCGUCGGCAUUUGAUCUCUGGAAUCUCGAUUGAAAUCUUUUGAAUCAAUAGAAUAAUAAACCGACAACAAAUGAAACAUAUGGAUUUGAGAUGGUCAAAAUAUUUAUUAGAUUUCUUUAUUUGACCGAAUAUCAAUGGAUACGACCCCCUACUCAAACAUCCAAUAUGGUACUCAAGAUCCCGAGCGAUAUCCGUACAUUCAAAGUAUAUUGGGAUAUAACAGCCCUACUCAGCCUUACUCAACAUGCACCUCGUUCAAACACCUCAAUAGACUUUCGAUACCUGCCUAGUAACCUCAAAGGCUCCCAAAUAGGCAAGUGUGUCGAGGUAGGUACCGGUAGUCUCUCGCAGUUUAAAAGAACAAGGACACCGAAAAUAUACACUCAUUUCAAAACUCGAUAUCAAUUCAGACAGUCAUUGUUUUUGUUUGAAAGUUAACCAAGUAUACUCAGACGCUUUGAAUCUACAAUACGAUCCAUAUCAUUUAUAUUUUGAACAGGAAUUGAUGUCACUAUGAAGUAUCAAAAGACAUCAAAAUAUAAAUGUUAUCAAUGUAUAGCUCUCUUUGGUGGAUCUGGUGUCCCGAGUCUUCCGUCCUUCUGGAGAUAGCAUCUCGGCCUGUGGGUUGGAUGCGGAUCAGUGCGCGGAGAUAAGGAUUUCAGCGAGGUUAGAUAAGACAUUUAUCUUGAUCCAGAAGAAUUGCUCUGAUGGCAGCUUUAUUACCUACGUCUCGUUCUCUUUUCUUUUGAACAGACAAUAGCACGUCUUUAUGUCAUUACGUUUGUUUCGUAGGCCAAUUUGGCGUACAUCUUCUCUUCAUUAUACUUUGCUCAGUUCUCGGUAUAUUUCUCAAACUCACAAAUCUCCGCCAUUUCCUACCAUACCAAAGUGCCCCUCACCAACAUGUUCUUGCGCAGAGAACCCCGAGAUGCCAGAAGGCUUCGAGAUAGACCAUUCAAAGCCACUCAGUGGAACAAUGGCCGCAUAUGCUGAACAAGUUCUGAUAUGCACGGGGAAGCCAGAUUGGCCUUCUCGUAUUGAGGAAGAAAAUUCUGGGGAUAAUCUCGCUGCGGACAUUAAGGAGUUGAUGGGCCGCGGCGGAAUGUAUAGUGAUCCUUACAACAACGUUUCUAUUACAAACUCAUCCUUUCCUUCUACCGUUGCCUCACAUCGACCCGAAAUCAUAACGACUUCUGCCUAUAUAGUCCCAUCCUUCAAAUACAUACCUUUUCUCCCGCGAGUAUCAUUCGAUUCUGUACAAGCUUUGGUGAAAGGGUAUUUACUUCCUACGAAACUACACCCCGCACACGAUAACCUAUCUCCGAUACAUAAAGACCGAUUGCUGCGAAGUAAAGAACAGGCAGAUUUCCUACCCGCCGUGAAAGAUGUGAAGGAUAUAUUGGUAUUGAUCUGCGGACAUGGAGGACGAGAUGUGAGAUGUGGAAUUUUAGCUCCAAUCUUGCAAGCUGAAUUUGAAAAAGUCCUAUCAGCGAAAGAUAUACAGGUCUUGCACGGUGCAGUGGAACUAGAUGACGGAAGCUCUACAGAGCGGUUAGAAGGACCGAUCGAACCAAUUGGAAAUACUGCAAGAAUUGGAUCAAUAAGUCAUAUUGGAGGACAUAAAUUUGCUGGCAACGUUAUAUUAUAUGUCCCGCCUCAUACAAAGACGAAAGAUGGCGAAGCUCAUCCAUUAGCCGGGUGUGGUAUCUGGUACGGGAGAGUGGAACCAAAACACGUAGAAGGGAUUGUGCAGGCGACAUUAUUAGAAGGAAAGGUCGUAGAAGAGUUAUUCCGCGGUGGUAUUAAACAAGGUGGCGAAAUCUUGAGGAUAUAAACUUCCAUAUCUUUCAAUGGGAGUCAAAAAUGUAAUAAUAUAGUUUGAAGUGAACCUGUCGACGGAGCGGCAAGGUGUUGACUCAAACAUUGUCGAGGACAGAUAAUGGACUGUAACAACAAGAAUUGAAUACAGGAAAUACCUCCAAGGUAGGAAAAGUUACAAGGCAUAAUUGAAAUCAUUGCAACGGAGAACUGGAAAGUCUCAACUCAGGGAGGCGACUCAUGGAGGCAAAGUGUCCACAUGCUGAUCAUAUUACCAAGCACGAUACAAUGCGCGAAAAUCACUCAUGCUUUGACUGUGAGUGGUGACGAAGGUGAAAUAUAUCCUGUGUGAUAUUCAUCGAAUGAUAGUAUCACAUCAGAUGUAAGAAAAUCAUCGUGCCGAGGUUCUUACUGAAAGUUUUGAACAUGAUCAUGGGCUGGCCUCCUUAUUAGGCUAAAUUUUGUAAUUGUGUGGGGGGUGUAUGGUGACAUGAUUUGAAUGUUGUAUUUGUAUCAGACAGCGAGAUCUUUAAUAUAGAAGAAUAGAAAGGCUUUAAAGUAAUAUA